AAACCUCAAUUGUACGCUUGAUUUUUACACCAUGUUUUCGCAAAAGUUGGGCCAACUUUGGUACAAUAGUGGAAAUUAAAUAAAUUGUAGAUUUCAACAAGAUUUGGUUUAUGUCAGAGAAAGAAAUGUCGGUUCAGGUGAGCAAACACUUCAGAUUCUAGAGUGUCCUUAUCUUUGAACAGUCUUUCGAAAUCGUAGUCCGAUUCAUUGUCUGUUCUCAUGUCGAUAGACAUCAUUUGAAACUUUUCGACAAAUCUACAAAUUAACAGAAUGUCCAGGGCAAUUCGUGCCGCGGACAUCAGCAGCUGUAUCCACUGCUUCACGGCUUGCGGCAAACCGUGCGGAGAGAUUGGCCGGGCCACGGCCGUUUCGUGUGGCGUUUGCGUCAACGGAUGUCGCGGCGCUUGCUGGGGACUGGGAUCUUGCGUGGCCUGGCUGGCACGUGGCGUUGUUGGCCUCUGUACCGCCAUUGGCACUCUUCUUUGGUGUCUUUUGGCCGCAAUUGGAAAUCUUCUUGUGUGUCUUUUGGCCGUGAUUGCCCAAUUCUUUGUGGUGCUGCUCGUGGUAGGCCUCAUCGCGGUUGUGAUCCUGCUGGGCUACCUGUACUGGGAUCCGAUCGUGCACUUUUUCGACACGGUCCGGAACGAUACGGCCGCGUACUACGACAAGACUAUAGAAGAUCCUAGUGUGGUUCAGUUGUGGAACAAAACGGAACAGAAUUACGACGGAGCAAAGGGUAAAAUCGACGAGCUGGUGAAUCAUCCGGAGGUGCAACGUGUGGCAGAUAAGACGGUGGAAUUGUACGAUGCGGCUAAAGACCAGGUCGUCGAUACCUACGAGCAGGUUCGACAGCACGAGUCGGUGCAGAGUGUCGUCAAUGGAACGAUGAGCUUUUACAAUAUACUGAAGAGCAAGAUUUGGAGGUUUUAGGUAAAACUUUAACCAAAAUCAGUUUUUGUUUUGGGACUAUACAAAAUCCACAUGGACAUUUUUUUUAUUUCUCACCCUCGAUUUUCCUUUAAUAUUAAGUCUAAAAAAACUGAUUGAAAAAUAAAAAUAAAAUAAAUUUAUUGUUUGCUUUACAGCA